CAACUACGAUUAUCAGAUGGUGAUCGAGACAGCCAAGGAAGAGUAGAGAUCUAUCAUAAUAAUACAUGGGGUACUAUCUGUGAUGAUGGUUUUAAUCAAAAUGUUGCUACUGUGAUCUGUCGAAAGCUAGGUUAUACUGGUAAUUUCCGAACUUAUGCAGAAGCCUAUUUUGGAAUUGGAAGUGGUCCUAUAUGGUUAGAUGAUGUAGAUUGUAAUGGUAAUGAACAGAAUCUAAUUAACUGUAGAUUGAAACCAUGGGGUAGAACUAAUUGUCGACAUGGGGAAGAUGCUGGGCUUGAUUGUGCACCAGGUAAAACUCAUGCAAAUAUACCAGUAAGAUUAGCUGGUGGUGCUGAUGGUUCACAAGGAAGAGUUGAGAUACAACAUGCUGGAGAAUGGGGUACCGUCUGUGAUGAUGGCUUUGAUGACAAUGCAGCUAAAGUUGUUUGUAGACAAUUGAAUUUUAAAAAUGUGAUAGCAGUACCAUUGACAAGUGCUUACUUUACUAAUGGUACUGGGGACCCCAGUAAAAAGAUUUUAUUGGACGAUGUUAAAUGUACUGGUAAUGAAACUGGUCUGGGAGUAUGUUUACAUAAAGGAUGGGGUACCACCAACUGUCAACAUUCUGAAGACGCUGGUGUUAUGUGUAUACCUAAAGCCAUAAAAGUACGUCUAACUGGUGGUUUAAGCAGAAAUCAAGGUCGUGUAGAACUCAAUGUUUAUGGUAUAUGGGGUACAGUUUGUGAUGAUUCGUUCUCCUCAAGAGAUGCUGGAGUCAUAUGUAAAAUGUUGAAUUACACAAGAGGUGGGAAGAAAUUAAGGAAAGGAACAUACAGUGGUGGUCUAGGUCCUAUAUGGGUAGAUGAUUUAGGUUGUCAAGGACCAGAAUCUAAUAUCACACAAUGUAGUAAGAAACCUUGGGGAGUUAAUAAUUGUGAUCAUGAUGAAGAUGUAGCCAUUUUGUGCACGAAGGCACCACCAUUACAAAUACAACUUGAUAAUGGUGAAGGUCCAUAUGAAGGCAGAGUAAUGGUAAUGUUUAAUGAUGAAUGGGGUUCUGUUUGUGAUGAUAACUGGGGUCCAGAAGAAGCACAAGUUGUCUGUAGAAUGCUUGGAUUUAAUGCAACUGGUGCUAUAGCUAAAAGUAGAGCCUGGUUUGGACAGGGAUCAGGGAAGAUCUGGUUAGAUGAUGUGAACUGUAAAGGUAGUGAGUUAACACUAUCACAAUGUGGACAUAGAACCUGGGGACAAGGAAACUGUCGCCAUUCAGAAGACGCGUCUGUUAUCUGUCUUCAUGUGGUGGACCCCAACUACAAUAUAUCUGUAAGAUUAGUUGGUAGUGGUGUAAAAACCGCUGGUAGAGUUGAAGUGUUCUAUAGAGGACAAUGGGGAACAGUAUGCGAUGAUAAUUGGGAUAGUCGUAACGCCAAAGUCGUUUGUAGGAUGCUUGGUUUACCAAUGGACAAGUCUAGACCAUACAUUAAAGCUCACUAUGGAAGCGGAUCAGGGCCAAUAUUAUUAGACGAUGUUGGUUGUGAUGGUACCGAGAAUAAUAUACUAGAAUGUUCUAAUAAAGGCUGGGGUGAUCAUGAUUGUACCCAUCGUGAUGAUGCUGGUGUAGACUGCAAUCCAGUCGCACCAUUACAUGAUGUCAAAGUACGGCUAAAAGAUGGACCAUCACCAUAUGAAGGUCGUUUAGAAGUUUAUUAUAAUGAGAAAUGGGGAACUGUAUGUGAUGAUGGAUUUAACCAAGAUGAAGCUAAGGUUGUAUGUAAGAUGCUUGGUGUUAGUGAUGUAACUAAAGUUUUAGUAAAAAACAGAGCUCAGUAUGGAAGUGGUACAGGACCUAUAUGGUUAGAUAAUGUACGAUGUAUUGGUAAUGAAUCCUCUAUAACAGAUUGUAACCAUAACGCCUGGGGGCUAGGAAACUGUGGCCAUUCUGAAGAUGUUGGUCUAAAAUGUUCUUCAAGUUUACAGGUUAGAUUAACCAACGGAAGUGAUCAGACUAUGGGUAGAGUUGAAGUAUUACAUAAUGGAACCUGGGGAACUGUUUGUGAUGAUCUGUGGGGAAUACCAGAAGCUACUGUUGUUUGUAAUCAACUAGGAAUGCCGAAUACAAUACCAAUUCCACUACCUAAUGGGUAUUUUGGUCUUACUAACAGUCCAAUUUGGUUAGAUGAUGUUGUAUGCAAUGGUAGUGAGACAGGACUUGGUGAUUGUCAGUUUAAACCUUGGGGUUUUAAUAAUUGUGAGCAGGACGAGAACGCUGGGGUCAUUUGUUUAAAAACAGUACUAGUUAGAUUAAUUGAUGGUUUAAAUCAGUUCCAAGGUCGUGUAGAAGUUUUUUAUCAUGGUAUUUGGGGAUCAAUCUGUGAUGAUUCAUUUGAUACCAGAGAUGCAUCAGUAGUCUGUAAGAUGUUGGGUUAUGGACCUGAAGCGACAUUAAGAAGUUUUUCUGGUAGUACGAGAGGACCAAUAUGGAUGGAUGAUUUAGAAUGUACUGGACAAGAAACAUCUAUAGAUAAAUGUAGAUUUAAAGGAUGGGGUGAAACUAAUUGUGAUCAUAAAGAAGAUGUGGCUAUGGUUUGUACCAAUCGUAAGUCGCUUCAGUUAUUCUUAUCUUGCAUUCAUCAUCGUAGUGCAAGGUUAAGAGGUAAAGCAAAAUUCUUUUCAAAGUUGUUAUCACCACAAAGGGUAAUGGAGGGUCAUGUUUCACCAAUGACAUUAUUAUUACUGGAAGUGCAACAUAGUGUUGUAACAGGUUUCUGGUUGAUAAUAUUGAAGGGGUGGAGCGAAAGCAUAAAGAGUAGUGUUAAUGUAAGGUUGGUAGAUGGUAAUUCUCCAGAUGAAGGUCGUGUUGAGAUAUAUUAUAAUGGUACAUGGGGAACUCUGUGUGAUGAUAACUGGAAUGCCAAUAAUGCUCGGGUUGUUUGUAGAAUGUUGAAUAAAACGACUGAACAAGUAACAGCUAGAGGAGCAGGGUUCUUUCCCAGAGGACAUGGUAAAAUCUGGUUAGAUGAGUUAAACUGUAUUGGUAAUGAAACUAAUAUAGAACAAUGUGGACACAGAUCAUGGGGGAAAACUAACUGUCGUCAUGAGGAAGAUGCUGGUGUUGUCUGUGGUGGAGCUCCCAACACCAAACUACGUCUUAUUAAUAGUCGAGGAUUACCAAACCAAGGUCGUGUUGAGAUCAUGAUAAAUAAUACAUGGGGUACUAUAUGUGAUGAUAUGUGGGAUUCUAGAGAAGCCAGUGUUGUUUGUGCUAUGAUGGGAUUUUCAAGUGGUGCCGUUGCGAAGACAAGGGCAUUUUUUGGUCGUGGAUCUGGUCCUAUAUUUCUGGAUGAUGUAACUUGUGAUGGAAGUGAAUCUAAUAUAUUUGAAUGUUCAACUAAACCAAUAGGAAAAUCAAACUGUAAUCACAGAGAGGAUGCGGGAGUAAUCUGUAAACCUUCUGAUAUUCAAAUAAGACUUGUUGAUGGUGAUCCAAGUAAAGGCCGUCUAGAGCUUUUCCAUAAUAAUACAUGGGGUACUGUUUGUGAUGAUUACUUCAAUAAUAAAGCAGCAUCUGUUGUUUGUAAAAUGAUGGGUAAACCCUAG